AUGCUCGGCAUAACUUCGUACAGAUUGGUCAACGGCCGUUUUAGACAAAGCAGAAUAACCCGGGCGUACGCCGUAAUUUUCAACGUGUUGAUCGUUGUCGUCCUGCCACCGGUCUUUCUGAAGGUGGCCAAGGAUGCGCAAGUGGCUCACUGCUUCCGGAAGACCCUGUUUAUAGUCCCCUACGUAUUGUACACGGUGAACUAUGUCGUCGUUGUGUACAUUCUGAUUUCCAGAUGGUACCGGGACAGUGUGCUGGUGGAGCUGCAAGAUCUGGCCAACAAGAUAAGCCGGAAAAUUGAAACAGCAGACGUGAAAACAAGCCCAGACCUUGGAAGGCUGUUGUGCAUGAAGUCCUUCACUCUUGCGUACCUCACCCUGAGCGCUAUGCUAUGGAUACCGAUGGCGGAAGGUAUCUGGGACAUGCUUUCCCAAUUGAUUACCAUCAUUGCAUACUGCAUUUUGAAUGCGACAACCUAUUUGUACUUUUUAUCCUUCUGGCAAGUGGCAAGGGGCUUUGACUUCAUCAAUCAGCAGCAGGAGAGGUGCGAUUCCGAGGAGUUACUGGAUCUCUGGGCUCUUCACUCAACUCUUCGUCGAAUGGCCUCUAAAAUCAACGACAUCUAUGGGCUCCAGAUGCUCGCCUCCAGGAUUGACUUUAUUGUUUUCACCAUUGUCUUUGGAUACGCUGGAAUCAUUUACUCACAAAGCUACUUUUCCAUGUAUAAAGUGUUUUCAGUCAUAGUGUAUUGGGUUCGAAGCUUGGACUUCUUCCUCAACGACUACAUAUCCGAUUUGGUGAGCUUGUAUGAGUCUCAAUCGAAUUCCUCGCCCAACGAAUUCCCAAGUUCCAAAGAGAUGAGCGCGUUCCUUCUCUACAAAACCUAUAGCCGAAGUCAGUUGAAGGUCCUGGGACUUUAUCCGGCAAACCGAAACAUUUGGCUUCGGAUGGUGGGCUUCAUCAUUUGCCAGUCCAUACUUUUGCUGCAGUUCUAUAUGAUUCUGAGUUAA